AGUACUUUGUUAUCGCGCGCUACCACUUGAACUUGAAAAGUGAUGCCGCCUUAAUUAAAGUGAUAUGUAUUAACGUCGAUAAGUACCGAAAAUGCAAAUUUUGCGUACACCAAUAAACAAAAGGCAAAAAUCGGUACUUUCAAAGAAAUGUACAACAGGUAAGAAAAGUUUACAAAAGUACCACUGACGAAAAAAAGGUUUCGCAUCCAACGCUCUAGAACUUUGUCCUUGCCAAGGUACUUUGGAGUGAAAAAACUGAUAGUAAACAAUUGCCUACAUAAUGAUACGAUCUAACAAACGGUUGCGAUAAAGUGGUAAGUCAGUUGUGCAAUUUGCGAUGAGUUUAACACACGCGAAAUUAAAAAUGCGCCGACUUCUGGACAACAUGAAUUACAAAGAAAUACUCAAAAAACGGGUACCAAUCAUCGAGUGGCUGCCGCGUUACACGGUACUAAGCUUCUUCCGAGAUUUGUUGGCAGGGUUUACAGUAAGUUUGACAGCAAUCCCUCAAUCCAUAGCUCUGGCAGGGGUAGCAGGUUUACCACCCCAAUAUGGCUUAUACUCGUGCGUGGUGGCAGGCGCGGCCUACGCGGUCUUCGGUACUUGCAAAGACCUCAACGUAGGUCCCACGAGCAUCCUGGCCCUAAUGACCGAACCCUACUCAAAAAAAUUUGGACCUGCGGUUGCCCCUCUUUUGAGUUUCUUAGGCGGAUUGAUCAUUUUCGGACUAGGGGUGUUCAAUCUAGGUUUCGUUAUCGAAUUCUUCUCCUUCCCGAUCGUAUCGGGCUUCACUUGUGCCGCCGCCCUCGAAAUCGGGUCAAUCCAAGUCAACAACUUCUUCGGGAUUUCGAGCAAAGGCGACGACUUUCUGGAAGCCUGGAAAGCUUUUAUUAAAGACGCUGGUAAAAUAAAGCUCUGGGAUACAGUGUUGGGCGCCACUUCUCUUCUAGCGUUGAUUUUGCUUCGGGAGCUGAAACGAUUUGGAAGCCUGCGCUACCGCUCCGACUGGUCCAGAACUCGCAAUAUCGUCGGAAUCACCCUAUUCUUGUUAUCUUUAGCCAGAAACGCCAUCGUUAUUAUCGCCGGAGUGGUACUAGCGUACUGUUUGCGCGACCAGCAACCGUUCCGAGUGAUAGGUGAGGUACAGAGUGGCUUUCCGAGUUUCAAGCCUCCCGACUUCAACACUGUCUACAACGGUACUUACUAUAGUUUCAAUGAUAUGGCAACCGGGAUUGGAACUUCGUUGCUCUUUAUACCACUAAUCGCGAUUCUUGAGGCGGUGUCCAUAGCGAAAACUUUUGUGCACGGAAAAUCUCUAGACGCGACUCAAGAAAUCCUAGCCCUUGGAAUCACCAACGUUCUAAGUUCUUUCGUCAGCUCGAUGCCUGUGACGAGCGGUUUUACCAAAUCCGCCAUUAACAACGUCUCUGGUGUUAAAACUCCCUUCGGAGGGGUGAUUGUUACAGUUAUGGCCAUCUUAGCUAUAGCUUUUCUCACCCCUACGUUUUUCUACGUACCAAAGGCGACAUUGGCAGCUGUUAUCAUUUGUGCAAUGAUAUAUUUGUUCGAGUACGAGUCGUUCGCUAUCAUAUGGAAAAACAAAAAGCUCGACAUGAUUCCCUUCCUGGUCACUUUAAUCUGUUGUUUAACGAUUAGCUUAGACUACGGGAUCUUAAUAGGAAUCGGAGUUAAUCUUCUCUUUAUUUUGUACCCAAGUGCCCGACCUAAAGUCAAUAUAGUACGGACACAAAUCGUCAAAGAAAGGGAGAUCUGUGUUGUCAAACCCAUGGAAAAUUUGUUCUUUCCAGCGGCGGAACACUUCAGAGAUAGAAUUUUGGAAUGUAAAGGACACGAUAUUGUGGUGGUGGUUGAUGGGGAGUAUCUUCGAACCAUUGAUGUGACUGUGGCUCGAAGCUUGGUUACUCUAGCGCAUGAAAUGUCUGAACGAGGCGACGCGAUAACAUUCUGGAAUUUUAAACCGUCAGUAGCGGCCGUGUGUUUGGGUUUGGAUGCCACUCUAGACGGCUGCUUCAAAACCGCAGUACUAGAAGAUAUUAUUCAAGAUUCACGACUGAAGGUGAUCUGACCAUCCUCUUGAUCUCUAGUCACGUCUGAAGCUCAACCGGUCGACGUACUUAUAAUUAUGCAAAUUAGUCCAGGUACCUAGUUGACAAAUCUUGUUUGUUUGUAAACACGUCUCAGUGUGAAAGAAUAAAACUGUUGGAAUGUU